GUCACAGAGAUCAAAGACCUAUCGGUCAUUCUAUUGGCUAGAUUUACUCGACGUCAGACGAGUCGUCGAACAGAGCAAGGACCGAGUUGUCAGUUGUUGAUAUGAAGUCUUUUGUGUAUUUUCUAAGUAAGGAAUAUGUUGAUAUUUUUUGGUCGUUAAAUAUAGAUAGUAGAAGGAUGUUUAAAUAUAUAAAAAACAAUACAUUGCUGAUAUAUAAAACUAGCAUACAUUAAACUCGUUCGAUGUCUUCUUCUCUCCCAAGAACGUUGAAAUUGAAAUGCCAAACAAACAACAAGCAUCUAUGCCUCUUUCCAGAACAAGAUCUCUAUUCACUAGUAUCAAUGGGACACCAAAUUCUACUAACAGUGAAUCUUUUCUACCUAAAAUAUCAGAAGAUAAGGCUAAAAUGUUAUCUAUGAAAACAAAUACUAUUGGAAGCACCAAAGCAAGUAAUACUCAAUAUCAAUCUGUUGGAGAAAGUCAAUCAAUACCUCAAUAUUUAACUGUGAGACAUAAUGAAGUAACCAGAACGACAGUUCCUCAGUUACCAGAUGUCCGUCCUGCUACUAGCAUAGAGAAUUUGUCGACAUCCAGUAGUAAAAGUAAUUUGUCGAAAUCCAAACCGUUAGUUGCUACUCCCGAACAAGUGAUGAAGUUAUAUAUGCACAAAUUAACACCUUACGAACAUCACGAAAUAUUUAAUUAUCCGCAAAUUUAUUUCAUUGGUGCCAAUGCAAAAAAACGACAGGGAGUUAUAGGAGCACUAAACAACUGUGGUUAUGACGACGAUCAGGGAUCGUAUCAACACGUUCCACACGAUCAUAUAGCUUAUCGUUACGAAAUGCUAAAAAUUAUUGGGAAGGGUAGUUUCGGACAAGUAGUGAAAGCUUAUGAUCAUAAAAGUCAUCAGCAUGUUGCUCUGAAAAUGGUACGAAAUGAAAAGAGAUUUCAUCGACAAGCUCAGGAAGAAAUACGCAUUUUAGAUCACUUAAGAAAACAAGACAAAGAUAAUACAAUGAAUAUCAUUCAUAUGUAUGAUCAUUUUAUAUUCAGAAAUCAUAUAUGCAUUACUUUUGAACUUUUGAGCAUUAAUUUAUAUGAACUUAUAAAAAAGAAUAAAUUUCAAGGAUUUAGUUUACAAUUAGUUAGGAAGUUUGCACAUUCAUUGCUCCAAUGUCUUGAAGCAUUACAUAGAAAUAAAAUAAUUCACUGUGAUUUAAAACCAGAAAAUGUGCUAUUGAAACAACAAGGAAGAAGCAGUAUAAAGGUAAUAGAUUUUGGUUCGAGUUGUUUUGAGCAUCAGCGUGUAUAUACAUAUAUACAGUCCAGAUUUUAUCGUGCUCCGGAAGUAAUUUUAGGUAGUAAGUAUGGUAUGCCAAUUGAUAUGUGGAGCUUAGGAUGUAUACUUGCAGAAUUACUGACUGGAUGUCCAUUAUUUCCUGGUGAAGAUGAAGCAGAUCAGUUAUCAUGUAUGAUGGAAUUGUUAGGUAUGCCCCCACAAAAAUUGUUAGAUCAAUCAAAAAAUACUAAAAAUUUUAUUAGUUCAAAAGGUUAUCCUCGUUACUGUACAGUAACAGCACAACCAAACGGUACUGUGGUAUUAAAUGGUGGAAGAUCACGAAGGGGUAAAGUCAGAGGUCCACCAGGAAGUAAAGAUUGGGUGACAGCAUUAAAAGGAUGUGAUGAUCUCUUAUUUAUAGAUUUUUUAAAGGGUUGUCUUACUUGGGAUCCAUCUAUUAGGAUGAUACCAAGUUCUGCUCUUCGUCAUUCUUGGUUACGCAGAAGAUUACCCAGACCACCUCACAGCACUAGUAGCACUGCCAACUGUGAUGCAUCUAAUCAGGUAGUCAGUAAUGUUUCAGAUAGUAGCAUCAGUGUUGGACCAGUCUGUACAAGUAUGGUAACCACUAGUAGUACAGUUAAAACUUUCACACUUCCAACAAGGAACAUUGACGAUAUGUCAGAUAGUAGUCACUUGCAUUCCAAUAUGCCAAACACUUGAUGAUGAUAGUUUAUAGAACAAAAUUUCAUCUAAUGUUAAGUAGUUGGAAAGUGUUACUAUCAUAGUUGAUAACAUGAUCAUAAUGCAAUUUUUUCAAAAUUCUGCACAAAUGUUUCAUAAGUAAUCUUGUAUAGUCAAUUGGUAAUUUUCUUUAAGUGCUUCCAGCCAGAUAUAUUUUAGGUUUUUUUUAAAUGAAUUUUUUAUUAAGUAUACAUAUUCUAUAUUUUAUUUUUAAGUUAUGAAUUAUAUUGAUAUACUCAAAUGUAAUUCUUAAAGACAUGGAUGCAUUUUAAAUGUAUUCUUAUUUAUUUACAAAAAAAAAGAUAUUGCAAACUUCAAAAUAUGCAUGUAAAUACAAUUGUUGAAAAAUAUUCAUGAUUUUAUAAUGAACAUUAUUGCUUGCAAUAUUGCUGUUUUACAAGUGUUU